AUGGAGCUCCAGACUUCAGAGAGCAGCCCAGCUAAUGAAAAUGAGAUACUGCGAUCUCUAUCUCAAAACACUGAUUUGGCAAAAGGCAUCUUAGGAGAAUUUCAACAAAAUGGACAGACGAUUAUGGAUCAUGAAGUGAGGAACAUAAUAAAACGACUAGAAGAAAUUAUUAAUGAUAUGGGUCAUGACUUAAGUUUAAUACCACCAUCAGCAUUCCAGAAUGAAGUGUAUGCAAAAAACACAAUCCGCUCACUCUCAGAGGAGAUGAAAAAUGUUUGUUUUGAGAUCAUUCCAGUUCAAAAAACCAAGAACAAGAAAAAGAAAAUAAAGCCAUUAUCUCCAGUAGAGCAACCAAAGGUAGAGUCAAUAACAUUAGAAUCAGAUCUCUACUCCAUCAGCAUGGAGGUCUCCACAGGACACUCCCAAGUGUCAGAUAUUCCACCAGUAGCAGAAGCCCUUAGAAGUACAAGUGAAAGCAGCCAAAGACCCCGUGGAAACAUGAGUAACAGAUUAUCAAAAAGUGUGACAGAAGGUGCUCAACAUAUGGAGCCUAUGUACAAAAGUUUCAUAUGUCAACUAACAAAUCAGGUCAUGGAUGACCCGGUGACCAUCAGUAGUGGUGUGACCUAUGAGAGAAGCGCAAUCACCGAGUAUUUUGAAAAUUGCGGAAAUUCAGAAGAAGUUAACUGUCCUAUCACUCAGGAGAAGCUCCAAAGCAGGAAUAUGAGUCCCAACCUAGCUUUAAGAAACAUUAUACAUGAGUGGAGAGACAGAAAUGAUUCUGCACGACUUAAAGUCAUCCGUGCAGCUUUGUCCAUAGGCAGUACCGAGAGUAUGAUACUUGAAGCGUUGAAGGAUUUGCAGAACAUCUGCCAAAGGAGUCCCAAGAAAAAGAAAGAAGUCUUCAACAUGGGAAUUGUACCAUUGAUUGUUAGGCUCCUGGAGUUAAGAGAUAGAUCAGUGAGAUGUACUGCAUUAGAGAUGAUACGACAACUAGUCGAGGAAGAUGACGCAAAGGAACAAUUUGCGAGGACACCAGUUAUAUCUACAACAAUCAAAAUGCUGUCCAGCAGCUACCAACCAAUAAGACACGCUGCACUGUUACUCCUGAUUGAGUUUUCCAAGUCUAGAUCUCUCGCAGAGAAAAUAGGUUGUGUCACAGGAGGAACUCUGGUUCUGAUCCAAACCAAAUACAACAGAUUCAUAGAUACCUUUGCUUCAGAGGCAGCAGAUCAAGUUUUGAAAAAUAUGGAGCAGUGUACUAAAAACAUCAAGUUCAUGGCAGAAAAUGGAUAUCUAGAACCGCUUCUUAACAAUUUGAUUGAAGCAGGAUCUGAGGAGAGGAAGUUGGAAAUGAUGAAUUACCUUGGUGAAAUAAUACUUGAAGAUGACAGCAAGACUUAUGUGGCAGAGAGGACUUCUCCUGUACUCAUCCAAAUGCUGCACGAUGGAAAUCCCUCGACUAGAAAAGCUGUCUUUAAAGCCCUUGUUCAAAUAUCCUCAUACUCUGCUAGUGGUAAAUUAUUAGUCGAAGCUGGAAUUGUAGGAACUAUGGUCCAAGAAAUGUUUACCAAGAAGAUAUAUAGUGAACCAGUAGAUUCACUCAAAGAAGCUUCAGCAAUACUAGCAAAUAUCCUUGAAUCUGGAAUUGGGUUUGAGAACCUGAUUGUCAAUAGUCAAGGCCACACCCUGGUGUCAGACUAUGUUGUAUUCAACAUUAUUUACAUGAUUAAGAGUUCCACCCCAGAUGAUCUGAGCCUCAAUCUUAUCAGAAUCCUCUACUGCAUGGCAAAAUCUAAGAAGUCAGAGAAUCCAGUUGUAUCUGCUGUCAAGGAAAAUGAAGCAAGCUACACACUUGUUGAGCUCAUCAACAACCCAAGUGAUGAAAUUGUGAUUGCAGCUAUUAAACUUCUAACUCUACUCUCAUCACACAUAGGGCAUUUGCUAAUUGACAGACUUUGCAAGACAAACGGCCAACCUGAGGGCCUCAUCCAAAGCCCUUCCAACCCUAGCCAGAUCACUGAAAGGCAAGCUCUAUCAAUCUCUUUUCUGGCCAAACUUCCUCAUCAGAACCUCACUCUUAAUGUGGCCUUGACCAGUAAGAACACAAUCCCUGGAAUCUUACAAUCAAUAAAUCAACUUCAAAGAAGUGGAACACAACAAAACCGAUAUGCCUGUAUGUACUUCGAGGGGCUAGUGGGUGUACUAGUCAGAUUCACUGCAACAUUAUAUGACCCUCAAAUGUUGUUCCUAGCCAUAAAUCACAAUUUCACUGCAGUAUUAACUAAUUUGCUUAUGGAAACAUCAAGAGAUGAGGUUCAAACCUUAGCCGCCACAGGCUUAGAGAAACUCUCAACACAAUCAACACGUCUCUCAAAGCCACCACAAAGAAAGCAAAAGAAGUUCUUUAACCUAUUCUACCUGCCCAGGUUUUUAACUUUCAGGUCAUCAAGGAAAGCCAAAGUAGAACUUUGUGUAGUUCAUAGAGGUGUUUGCACCGAACAAACUACAUUUUGCUUGAUUGAAGCAGGUACAAUUGAGAGACUCUUAACAUGCCUGGAUCACCAAAAUGUCGAGGUGGCUGAUGCUGCAUUAUCAGCACUAUCUACAUUACUGGAUGAUAAGGUUGAUGUAGAACAGAGUGUGAACAUGCUGGAUAAGAUGAAUGCCACACAGCGGGUAUUAAAAGCGGUGAGAUAUCACAAGAACGAAAUUCUGUGGCAAAAAGCAUUUUGGAUGAUUGAGAGGUUCUUAGUGAAAGGUGGGCAAAGAUCUCUAUCUCUUGUAUCGCAGGAUAAGUUGUUUUAUAUAACGGUGGUGACUGCUUUCCAUCAUGGGGAUGCAUACACAAGGCAGAUGGCAGAAAACAUUCUUCGGUACCUGGAUAAGAUGCCAAGUCUCACUGGCACUUUCACCACCUAA